AAAUAUGACCCAUAAUCAUUCAGCAAAUAAAAUUGCGUAGUUACCUUAUAAAUAAGUGAAGUAAAUUGUGACGAAAAUCAAUGAUGAAAAAAAUGUUUAAAAAGAAAAAGUCAGAAAUGCGAUCGAGAGAUUCAGUCAAGAUGAGCCUUUUCGCGAACCACAACCAUCUCAAGCAUCUGGAAGUGCCGGAGGACAAUUCUCCGUCCGGAGCUUCGACUCCGGUGUUCUCUUGGAGUCCGUUGCCGCAGAGGAGGCAGCUAAAUUUUACUGAAAAAGAAUUCGAGUACAAAAUAACCCAGAAAAAAUGUUAUCCAAACUGUGACGUAAACGUCUGGUUAAGAUCUUGCGAAGAAGAAAUAAUUGAACCCAUAGAAGGAGUUGUAUCAGGACAUAUACCGAAAUGGUUAAAAGGAUGUCUUAUCAGAAACGGUCCAGGAUCUUUGAAAGCGGGAAAGGACACUUUUGAACAUCUUUUUGACAGUUCUGCUUUAUUACACAGAUUUGGUAUAGAAAAUGGAAAAGUCACAUAUCAAUGCAGAUUUCUACAGUCAGAAAUAUACAAGAAAAACUGGCAAGCCAAUAGAAUUGUCAUUACAGAAUUUGGGACCAAAGCUGUUCCUGAUCCUUGCCACUCUAUUUUUCAAAAAGUUGCAGCUAUAUUUCAUCCAAAAUCAGACACCUCCGAUAACUCAAUGAUAUCCGUAUAUCCUUUCGGAGACGAGCUGUACGCCUUCAAUGAGAUACCAAUAAUCCACAAGAUUAAUACGGAAAACUUGGAGACGGAGGCUCGAGUAGACGUCAGUGAUUACGUAUCCAUAGUUAAUCACACAUCUCAUCCGCAUGUCACGCACGACGGGACGGUUUAUAAUUUGGGAAUGUCGGUUACUGCCAGCGGGCCACAUCACAAUAUUAUAUGUUUUCCCUCAAAGCAUACUUGUUAUAACAAAACAAUGUUUGAAAAGGCUCAGAUAGUCGCAUCAAUACCGGCAAGAUGGCCUCUUCACCCAUCAUACAUGCACACGUUUGGUAUAACAAAGAAAUACUUCCUAAUAGUGGAACAACCCUUAAACCUAUCAGUGACCGCUCUAGUGGCAACAAAACUUAAAAACGAUCCAAUAGCUGGCUGUCUACGAUGGUAUCAAGACGAAUACGUACAAAUAAAUGUAAUAUGUCGAGAGACCGGAAGGUUAAAAAACAAAUUUUUCGCAGAACCAUUUUUCUACUUGCAUAUUAUAAACCAGUAUGAAACACAUGAUUACCUUGUUUUGGAUAUUUGUAUGUACAGGGAUCCCGCUAUGCUGGACUGUAUGUAUAUUGAAACAAUGAAAGCUAUGCAGCAAAAUCCAGACUAUGCCAAAAUGUUUCGAGGUAGACCUGCAAGAUUUGUUCUACCCUUAAAACCAGAACCAAUGGAUAGACAUAUCAAUUCUAAUUUGGUAAAUUUAGAACAUUCUAAAGCCAAGGCGUAUUAUUUGCCUAACGGCGAAAUAUUUUUGAAGCCUGAAAAACUUUGUGACCUGGGCUGUGAGACGCCUAGAAUAUUUUAUGAAGUCCAUUUAGGAAAGCCUUAUAGGUAUUUCUAUGCCAUUAGUUCAGAUGUAGAUGCUGAAAAUCCUGGGACUAUCAUUAAAGUCGACAUUUAUAACAAAUCAGCAAAAACGUGGUGUGAGCCUAACUGUUAUCCUAGUGAGCCGGUUUUUGUACCGUCUCCUAAUCCAAGAUUUGAAGACGAUGGUGUAGUUUUGGCAGCAAUGGUUUGGGGUAACGAAGAUACCAACCACGCUGGUCUACUAAUUUUAGAUGCAAAAACAUUUACCGAAAUAGGCAGAGCCGAAUUUGAAACCCCUGGACCGGUUCCUAAGUGUCUGCAUGGAUGGUUUGUUCCUAAAGAACCUUUAGUAAUAUAAGCAAAAAACAUUGUAUUGUUUACUAUACAGAGUGCCCUAAGUAUCCUAUGUGUAUACAUAUAAUAUUUUUUAUUUGAAGUGCUUGUACAAGAUGGAUUGUAGAAAAAAAACGCAGUCAAAACCAAAAACCGUUAUAACUUUGUUAUUUCUGGAAAAAUGUUUUACAUGUAAACAUUUACAUCCAAUUUUUAAGAUAUUGGUGGUAACUCAAAAUCUAAUUAUUAAAAAAAAGUCACAUUUAUAAAUAACAAUUUUUGGUUUUGGCAGGUUUUUUCAAUUUUUAAAUUCAAUUUAAUUAGACUUAUAAUUACGCACCAUUUCUCUAAUUUAACCUUGUAACUUUUCAAAUAAAAAAACAUACAUAGAGGGAUACUUGGUGCAGCCAGUAUACAAAAGAUUAAAUAUUUACCUGUGUAGCAGUAUUUUUUUAUGAAAUAUAAUUUGUUCAAUAUACUUUUACAAGA